AUGGCAAUUCAAGGCUCAUUGUUUCUGACUCUACUAAUCCUCGUUAGUGUAUUGGCUUGGACUGAGCCAGUGGUUGCUACCUCCUUCAAUCGGAGUAAUUUUCCGGCUGAUUUUGUUUUCGGAACAGCCUCAUCUUCUUAUCAAUACGAAGGUGCUGUCAAAGAAGAUGGAAAAGGUCCUAGUAUAUCGGAUACUUUCAGCCAUAAAUAUCCAGGUAGGAUAAUUGAUGGCAGCAAUGGUGAUAUUGCAGAGGAUUUCUAUCAUCAUUAUAAGGAAGAUGUGCACAUAAUGAAGGAAUUAGGGAUGGAUGCUUUUAGAUUCUCAAUAUCUUGGUCUAGAGUGUUACCUCGUGGGAAGCUAAGUGGGGGAGUGAACAAGAAAGGCAUCGACUUUUAUAACAAUCUCAUCAAUGAGCUAUUAUCAAAAGGUCUACAACCCUAUGUGACAAUAUUUCAUUGGGAUCUUCCACAAGCACUAGAAGAUGAGUAUGGUGGAUUUUUAAGCCCACACAUUGUAGAUGAUUUUCGAGACUUUUCAGAGCUUUGCUUCAAAGAGUUUGGUGACCGGGUAAAGCAUUGGAUCACCCUCAACGAACCAUGGACCUUUAGCUUGGGUGCUUAUGACCAAGGAGGCCUAGCACCGGGGCGGUGUUCUAAGUGGGUUAAUGAAGCCUGUGAAGCCGGAAACUCUGCCACUGAGCCUUAUAUUGUAGCCCACCAUAUGCUUCUGUCUCAUGCAGCUGCAGUGAAAGUAUAUAAGGAUAAAUACCAGUCAUCUCAAAAGGGGAAGAUUGGGAUAACAUUGGUAUGCCAUUGGAUGGUGCCCUACUCCAACCAGACAGCUGAUAAGAAGGCGUCCAAAAGAGCCUUAGAUUUCAUGUUUGGAUGGUUUAUGGACCCGUUAACCUAUGGUGACUAUCCACAUAGCAUGCGCAUACUUGCUGGAAAUCGACUACCUAAUUUCACCUUUGAGCAAUCUAUGCUAGUCAAAGGAUCUCUUGAUUUUCUUGGAUUGAAUUAUUACACAGCAAAUUAUGCAGCUAAUAUUCCUGUUGCUAAUAUCGUUAAUGUGAGCUACGCAACCGAUUCUCUUGUUAAUCUUACUAAACAACGCAAUGGAGUCCCCAUCGGUCCAAUGGCUGGUUCAACUUGGCUUAGUGUCUAUCCAAGAGGAAUCCGUAAUGUUUUACGCUACAUUAAAAGAAAGUACAAGAAUCCACUAAUUUACAUCACUGAAAAUGCCAACAAUAGUACCUUAACACUUAAGGAGACCUUGAAGGACCUCAAAAGGAUAGAUUACUACUACCGCCAUCUUUUGUUCCUUCAAUUAGCCAUCAAGGAUGGCGUUAAUGUGAAGGGUUAUUUUGCAUGGUCAUUAUUGGACAACUACGAAUGGAAUUCUGGUUACACUGUUAGGUUUGGCAUUGUCUUUGUUGAUUAUGAUCAUGAAUUAAAAAGAUAUCCCAAGCAUUCAGCUAGAUGGUUCAAGAAAUUCCUCCAAAAAUAG